UUGGUAAAUUCAAGCAGUUGGCUUACCGCCUGUCUGUGCUCACACGUGCUCAGGGUGACAUGGGGGGAGGGGCCACACCAGUGUGUAUUUGGUACUAGAUCUGCAUUAUUAGUAGUGGUGGCAGAAUCAAUACCCAUAGUAAUAGACUGGUAAUAAUAAGCAGGCCUUCAGAAAAUAAUAUGUACAGAGCACAUGAGACCCCUGGCCCAGGAGAUGGGGGGCUCCCAAGUCAUCCACUAAGGUGGGCAGGCAAAGAGGGGCCCACCAACUGGAUGUGAGCACUCUUGACCUACCCCCUGGGGAACACCCCAGGAAGGGCAGAUGGUUGAAGGAGCAGAUGUCAGCCACCAACCCUUUCCUGAAAUCCCAUGGGCCCAGGACCUCAGGGAAGGAGGCAGGAGCACAUUUAUCUUCCUCUGACCAUUUUGAUUCUCACUCAGUCCCCAGAAUGGCCAGAUGAGGUAUAUAUGACAAAUAUGAUCCCUCAUAGCCCAUGUUGAUGGCAGAGCUAGGAAAGGAUGCUUCUGGAGUCCUUGGCAAGAAGGACUCCCUGUAAAGGAACAGGGGGGCUUGGCAGGGCAGCGAGGGGCUUCUGAGAUAAAUGCCAGGCUAAGGGAUGGGAUAAAGCAAGGCUCUAGUCAUCCCUACUGGUCUCACAGCUCAAAUCCUCAGCUGCAAAUCACACCACAGCCAAUGAGCUCCGUGGCUGAUUAUGAAUGCAGCCCGCAGGAGGUGGGAUGGGACCACUGGUUCAGCCAAGUGACUUCUUUACGGGGGACUUCCAGACAUGGGGCUAUAGAGCUAAUGGGUGCUCAGAGGCUAGCAAUGUAGUCACAUCCCCUGGCCCAUUCCUCCACCUUCCUACCGAUAGCAUGGAUGUCUUGUUGUAAGGGAGAAUGAGGCCAGAUUUCACAAUCUGUGAAAAAUACUCCUGUUCCUUCCAUCACUCCCCACCUCAUCAUCCACUCUUUGGCCCCUUUUAGAACUGGGCAGACUGAGGUUUAGCAGGAACUUGCUUCUCCGGAAGUCAGUGUCUGGGGCCUCAGACCACUGCUUUCUGUACACUGUCCCCCUGGGAGGAUUAAGCAGGAAAGAAGUCCCCACCCUCCAGAAGCACAGCUGUCUAGUCAAGCCCCCAGUGGUUCAGGGUCAUUUUGUCUACCUACAAGUUCUUCCUCAACUUGUGCUCACCAUCAGACCCAUCAUGCCUUUAAAAACCCCUGGGGGAAGGUACAGAGUGAGGGGCCCCUCAGGGGAGUUGCCCAUCUAAAAGGCUCAUGUUCUUGGAAUGGAGAAUUUUGCUCUGGCUCUUCCUGGUAACCUUGGAGAGCAAGCUGAUCUUGCUUCUGGGAGCAAGAUCUGGAGGUGGGCUCACUGCCUCGGAGCCUGGACUCCAGAGUAGGCAAGAGGGAGGAGAAGGCAGACCAUGAAUGAUCCCUAAGAGUAAGAGCAAAAGAUCUCUGGAUUGGGAUGUUUAGGUCUCUGGAAAGGGGAAGCUAAGGAGUAGAGAGAACCCAGUGGAGCCAAUCCCUCAAACUAGAUGGACAGUCUUUUUUAGGAGAAAAGGGGUCCUGGUAAGUGUUCCUCAGAAAGGAAUGUAUGGAAAUGUGAGGGGUAGUAUUCCUUAUUUCCUUAAAACCAAGCAUCCCCUCCUUCCCGUCUACCAAAUGAACAGGCAAGUCAAGGAUACCUACCUAUCUGUCCCCAUCCAUUCAUCCAUAUGUCCACCUGUCCAUCUAUCCAACUGUCUAGAUUUCCAUCCAGUCAUUAGUCCACCCACCAAUCUGUCCAUUCAUCAAUCUGUCCACUCCGUCCAUCCAUCCAUCCAUCGUCCAUCUAUCCAGGAAGGUCAGGCCCCAGUUGGUCUCCCCAGGGCUGCUGAGAAGGGCCUGUGGUCCUGUGGCAUUUAUGGGGCAUGUGACCUGCCAGCCUGGCCUGGGGAGGCAACCCCGCCCCAGCCCUCAGGCAGGGGGCCGGUCCAGGCAUGUGGGAGUAUUUAUACCUUGAUGGAGGCUCCCUGGGUGUUGCUGGGCUGAAUGACUCCCCGAAGCCGUGAUGGUGGCCAUGGCCCCGAGCCCACUCAGCCAGCCCAGAGCAGGCCCUCAGCAAAUGGAGGUCUUUAUCAGAGACUACUUGGCAAAGAGGAGUACAUUCAAGAGGAACUGCCCUUUGCAGGUGGUGGAGAAGGAAGGCAGACAGCUGAGGAUGAUAAUACCGACUUUCUUCGAGGCCAGGACUGGGUGAUGGUGUCACUACUCCCGCCGCAGUCUGACGCCACACUGCCCGGCCCCACCAGACUGGAGGGCGAGCCCCAGGGGGACCUCAUGCAGGCACCGGGCCUCCCAGGCUCCCCUGCUCCACAGAACAAGCUUGCCGGCUUCAGCUGCUCAUCAUUUGUGCCCGACGGCCCUCCAGAGAGGGCAGCCUCACUGCCCCCACAGAGCCCCAGCGUCGCAUCACCAGGGCCUGAGCAAGUCCACUGCCCAGCCGGCCCUGGCCCGGGCCCCUUCCGGCUCUCGCCCUCAGACAAGUACCCCAGCUUCGGCUUUGAGGAGGGCCCAGCAAGCAGCCCUGGGCGCUUCCUCAAGGGCAGCCAUGGGCCUUUCCACCCCUACAAGCGGCAUUUCCAUGAGGACGUCUUCCCCGAGGCCCAGACUGCCCUGGCCCUCGAUGGACACUCCUUUAAGACCCCAGGGGCGCUGGAGGCCUUCGAGGAGAUCCCCGUGGAUGUUGGGGAGGCUGAGGCCUUCCUGCCUGGCUUCUCAGCAGAGGCCUGGUGCAACGGGCUCCCCUACCCCAGCCAAGAACACAGCCCCCAAGUCCUGCAGGGGUCAGAAGUCAAGGUCAAGCCCCCAGCUCUGGAGACUGGUCCUGGGAUGUACUGUUACCAGCCCCCCUUGCAGCACAUAUACUGUCCCUCCCAGCCCCCAUUCCACCAGUACUCACCAGGUGGUGGCAGCUACCCCAUACCGUACCUGGGCUCCUCACACUAUCCAUACCAGCGGAUCGCACCCCAGGCCAGCACUGAUGGGCACCAGCCCCUCUUUCCCAAACCCAUCUACUCCUACAGCAUCCUCAUCUUCAUGGCCCUUAAGAACAGUAAAACUGGGAGCCUUCCUGUCAGCGAGAUCUACAAUUUCAUGACGGAGCACUUUCCCUACUUCAAGACAGCGCCUGACGGCUGGAAGAAUUCUGUUCGCCACAACCUCUCUCUUAACAAGUGCUUUGAGAAAGUGGAGAACAAAUCAGGCAGUUCCUCUCGCAAAGGCUGCCUGUGGGCCCUCAAUCCGGCCAAAAUUGACAAGAUGCAGGAGGAGCUACAGAAGUGGAAGAGGAAAGACCCUAUUGCUGUGCGCAAGAGCAUGGCCAAGCCAGAAGAGCUGGACAGCCUCAUUGGAGAGAAGAGGGAGAAGCUGGGUUCCCCAUUGCUGGGCUGCCCACCCCUGGGGCUGGCAGGCUCAGGCCCCACCCGACCCCUGGCCCCUCCAGUGGGGCUCUCCCAGCCACUGCAUCCAAUCCACCCAGCUUCGGGCCCCAUUCCUGGCAAGAAUCCCCUGCAGGACCUACUUGGGGGGCACGUCCCCUCUUGCUAUGGGCAGACAUAUUCACACCUCUCACCGGGCCUGGCCCCUCCUGGACCUCUGCAGCCAUUGUUCCCACAACCAGAUGGGCGCCUUGAGCUGCGGGCCCAGCCAGGCACCCCCCAGGACUCGCCUCUGCCUGCCAACACCCCACCCAGCCACAGUGCCAAGCUGCUGGCUGAGCCUUCCCCGGCCAAGACCAUGCAUGACACCCUGCUGCCAGAUGGAGACCUUGGCACUGACCUGGAUGCCAUCAACCCCUCUCUCACCGACUUUGACCUCCAGGGAAACUUGUGGGAACAGCUGAAGGAUGACAGCUUGGCCCUCGACCCAUUGGUACUGGUGACCUCAUCCCCAACAUCAUCGUCAAUGCUGCCACCUCCGCCACCAACCCAUUGCUUCCCACCUGGGCCCUGUCUGGCAGAGACAGGCAGUGGGACCGGCGACUUGGCACCACCAGGCAGUGGGGGUUCCGGGGCACUGGGUGACCUGCACCUCACCACCCUCUACUCAGCCUUCAUGGAGCUGGAGCCCACACCCCCCACAGGCCCCUCUGUGUACCUCAGCCCCAGCUCCAAGCCCAUGGCCCUAGCAUGAGCCAUGUCCAGCAGCAGCUCCAGCCUGUCUGGCCUGGAAGUCCCAGCUGGCCGCCCAUAACGGGCCUACCUUAAAGGUCAAGGAAGGAAAACCAUCCCUGUCCCCUAUGCCACUAAGCCAACUGCUAGCUGGCAGCAGGGAUGAAGAAGACACCACCACUGCCCCUCACACAUUUCUGCCAUCUGGUGAGCCAGCUCCUCAUUCAGGGUCCCGGAAGACCAAGUGUCUGGGCAAGAAAAAAACAAACACAUUCUCCUUAACUCACACUCAUUCACACUUAAGUAAGGCCUUCUUCAUAAUAUGUGCAUGCAUAUGCACACACACACACACACACACACACAUAUACACAGAGUUAGACACACCCACACCCACGUAUCUUCUAUCCAGAGGAAUCAGAACUAUAUCACUGAGAGCUUGACUCCAUUUCUGAGGCAGCUGAGGGUGGGGGGGAGCGGGGGGGCCUAAGGUCCUCAUGCCAGUGCCAGGAUCACCUUGAAACCCUAUUCUGAUGUCCACAUUCUCUUCAGGACUGGCCCCUUCUAGUAUGUUCUCUCCCAGAAGCCCCCUGUAUUUAUUCUCCCAUCUCCAUCCCAGCAGCUGGUCAAGGAGGAGUAGGUGGAGCCUCUCCCCAAGUCUUCUGUGGGCCCCUCGGGGGGCUGCUAUUAGCACCCACCCGCCAGGCUCUCCCCAUCCUCAGUAUAUUCUCUGUCUCACCUCCCCCAGAAUGACACACAGGAGGGGUAACGGCCACCCCAGGACCAAACUGAGCCCACUUCUGACACAAAGUGUUUGGAAAAGCCCUUGCCCUCAGAAACUUAAAAGUAUCCUCUUCACCAGCCCCGGGUGCAGGAAGGGCCCCUCCAGGGCACUACAGUCUCACUCCUUCUCUAUAAGAACUUCAUAUAGUUUAGGUCUCAACUUACUAAUUACUUCCAACUGUCCCAGGCAGUCCAGGGAAUUCAGGGAAGGGGAGUCUGAUACAGGCUGGCAGGGGUGGGGCGGGGGGUUGAUGCCUCCCUCUCUCUGAUUGCUGGGCAGACCCAGGAUGUCCCUGGAGCUAGGGAGUGUGGCCCAGUUGCCUGCCAUGCUCUACCUGAGAGCCAAGCCAGAGUUUCGGCCUACCCUGGGUCUGGGGGUGACAAGAACCCCCAGAGGUUAGCCUGGGCUUGGUAAGGCACAAGCAAAUCCCUAGGUGGCCUGACCUGGAAUAAUAAAGCAAGUGCCUGUG